CAUAGCCUCAAGCAUCUCUAUAUAAGACGCCAAGCUUCCCCCCUUCAAAACGUUAAACACCAGGGCAUCAACAUCAUCGAGCACUCCAACUCCCUUACAAGAGCAUCCCGCAUCCAAAUUCAGUUCCAUCAGUCCUUGAAUUUCAAGUUCCUUGCACCAUUUCUCAAAAUGAAGCCCUCCACACUCCUCUUCGUUGCUAUUAACUACCUCGGCUUAGCCUCCGCAGCAGCCAUCACCCCCGACGAUACUUUGCCCGCCAUAGAGAAGCGAGCAUGCUUCGACAGCGGAGCUAGCUGGGGAAGCCAGAGAGGCACUGCCUUGACCCGCGCCCAGACGGCUUGCAACGGCCCCCUCAAGGGCACAUACCAGAAGCGCGAAACCCGCCCUGAAUGCUACAGCAUCGGCGGCGGUAAGAUCGUCAGGUUCACUGUCGGUCUCACUGGCCCCAAUGCUCCUGAGGAGCGCAACCUCGGCUACGCCGAGUGCCUCGACGGCCUUACGAGUGAGAUCAUCAGCUGCGGAAAGGGAGGUGACACCACCUACGGGAGAUGGCGCUACAGGGCCGAUCCCAACGUGGGAACCUGCUAAUGUCAUCAAGUGCUAUUGGCCCCGUAGUGCCUGGGAGGUGGAGGGGUCCAAGGGAGCAAGACCGGGUGCAGGGUCUUACUGGACAAUUUUCUCUCCCCUGGAUUGGAUGUGAGACCCCUGGGAAGACAGAUCCUGACUGAGAAAUUAGCCAGCUCCGGGUAGUAACUAGGGUAUCCCAACCUUCCUAUCCCAAUUAGGCUUAACCCUUCCGAUUGUCUCC